AUGGCGGCGAGCCGGGGGUCCUCUUCGAGAUGGGUUUUCACCCGGGAGCAGCUCGAAAGCACGCCGUCUCGCCGAUGCGGGGUCGAACCGGACCGGGAGCUAUCUUACCGGCAACAAGCGGCCAAUUUGAUCCAAGACAUGGGUCAGAGACUCAAUGUCUCUCAACUGACUAUAAAUACAGCAAUUGUUUACAUGCAUAGAUUUUAUAUGCACCACUCAUUCACCAAAUUUCACAGGAAUACAAUAUCUCCCACUGCACUAUUUUUGGCCGCCAAGGUGGAAGAACAGCCACGGAAACUGGAAUAUGUGAUUAAAGUUGCGCACGCCUGCCUAAACCCGCAAGAAUCACCUCUUGACACUAAGAGUAAUGCAUACCUCCAGCAAGCUCAAGAGCUGGUGAUACUUGAAUCCAUAGUGCUGCAGACUCUUGGCUUUGAAAUUACUAUUGAUCAUCCACAUACUGAUGUGGUGAAAUGUUCCCAGCUAGUGCGAGCAAGCAAGGAUCUGGCUCAGACUUCCUAUUUCAUGGCUACCAACAGUCUACACCUCACUACAUUCUGCCUACAGUACAAGCCCACUGUGAUUGCAUGUGUGUGUAUUCACCUGGCAUGCAAAUGGUCCAACUGGGAGAUACCAGUGUCCACUGAUGGGAAACACUGGUGGGUGUACGUGGACAACUCUGUUACUCUUGAGCUGCUUGAUGAGUUGACUCAUGAGUUUCUGCAAAUUUUGGAGAAGACGCCCAGUCGGUUAAAGAGAAUACGCAACUGGAGAGCAACCCAAGCUGCUAAAAAGCCAAAAUCUGAGAACAGCCAACUGACAGAUACUUCCGUUGCUGGUCCUUCGAUGUUUCAAGACCAUUCCCUGCUUGACGGCUCACUUGUUGGAGUAUCAAGGUCAAGUUUUCCCAAAGCAGGAGCCGCCUUCACAGUCUCUCUUUCUGCUCAGCCUGGAGGUACACCGCUGUCUCUGGACUCCUUGGCUGGCCCCUACAACCCACCUAGCCACAGUGAAUGGCCCCAGACCAAUCCGAGUCAAGCAGGAUAUUCAUCCGGCUAUAUUAAACAGGAAUCUCUCAGCCCCUCUCAUCAAGAGCAGACACUGUUCUUACAUGCAUCUUCUGCCUCUUUGCAUCCCCAGUCAUUAGCAAUCAAGACUGAGAAAACUGUCGAUCUUAACAUAAAACAGGAACUAAAAGGAGCAUGUGCAAGUGGAGCUGGCAAGCAUCUGCCAACUAGUUCAUCUUCCUUUCCUCCACCACAACACUCCGCUGUCCCCAAAAUGUCGCUGGACAAAUACAGAGAAAAACACACUGUAGAUUCUGCUGCCUCUGGGCUGAAAAGCCGACAGGAGAACACUACACUCACAGAGAACAACUCGAGAGGGGAUCAGUCAUCCUCCUCAAGCUAUGCACAGCCGUCUUUGAGCCAAGUUGAUCAUAGAAAGUAUGCACAAAUGCAUCAAAUUUCCCAAAGUGCCCAUAGUUUAGGGAGCAGUAGCAGCGCCACUGCUUCACCAAUGAAGAACAGAGUUCCUUCCACAGUGUCAGGACAAGAGAGACGACAUCACAGUGACAAAUGGGACAAAAGUUCACUUAAUCUCCACCUGGCAAUUCCUGGUUCUGGAAGCUCGCAGCUUGACAGAAGCAAGGAGGAGCUCAAGAUGAAAAUAAAAGUUUCCUCGUCAGCAGAGCGUCACAGUUCGUCUGAUGAAAGCGUGGCCGCCAACAACAAGAGCAAACAUUCCAGCCCGCUGGUGAGCAAAGAGAAACAGCACAGAGGCGCGGAUCACGUUCACCGUCAUCAUAAAUACACGCACCACAACCCCCACUCUCACAGCGGGAACGGACAAGGGGCCUCUGAGGGCCUGUUUCGAGGCCCUCCGGGACUGAUAACGCUAGAAGGAAUCACACUUCCUCACAGCGGUUCCGCAUCUUUGACUUCUUCCUCAUUACGAAAGAGGACACACCCCGAGAUCAAUCACAAUCAACACUCUGCCUCAUCCUCCACGUCUUGCUCCAAACCGAGCAAACUCUCCAAGGGUGGCACUGGUGUUGCAGGUGGGCUACGGACCUCCCAGCAGUUCCUCUCACCUAGCGGGUCACCUCAUGAAGUAGGAGACCAGAAGCACUGA